AUGUCCACCGCUCUCUCUACAGUAACCAUGAGUACUGGAGUACAAGUCCCAGUUGCUUUACUAGACACUCUCGAUCUCAACCAGCUCGAGAUUGGGAAUGUAGGCGAGAUCAAAAGACUACUACGAGCUGCACAAGGCCAUGGCUUGUUCUACCUCGACCUGGGCAAUUCUGAACAGGGACGAAAGGGACUUCGCAAUCUGCAGGACGUCUACUCGACUACCCAGCAAUACUUCGACCAACCUCAUGACCUGAAAGUCAAGGACAUGAGGUAUAAGGAUGGCGGCUGCGAUGAGACCUUUGAAAUGGCAUAUGACGAGCUUGUGCCAGGAACCUGCAACCUACCCUACCUUCUACGAGAGAGCGAAGAGAAACUUCGAGAGUUCAGUACCAGUAUGCACACUGCCUGCCUCACUAUGCUGUCCUGUCUCUCGGAUGGUCUGAAUCUACAAGGCGCAGAUCGCUUUGAGUACUACCAUAGACCAGGCGAGAUCAGCGAUAGUGGUCUAAAGCUUGUCUAUGAGCCGUCCUUAGAACGGCUGGAGAAUGUAAAAGAAAAUAAGCACACAGACAGUGGUACGCUGACUCUGCUUUUUUACGAUCUUUGGGGUCUUCAUGCGGAGUUGGCAGAAGGGUGGGCUUUUGCGCCACCAAAGCCUCCAUUAGCUCUUGUUAACGUUGCGGACUCUCUAAAACGUCUCUCGAGGAUGAAGUUCCAUUCUCCUAUCCAUCGGGUAACUCAGCCAACGGACGGGUUUGAAAAGAGGUAUUACAUAUCUUACUUUCUUCGACCAGAACAGCAACUAAAGAUGUCCUGGAUGGAGACUGGCGAAGACGAGGCAAUUGCACCCGCUAGUACUUUCUGA